AUUAGAGAUAAUUUUAUGCCGACGUUUAAGGUAAAUACUUAAACAGGAUUGUCCCAAUCAAUCUGAAUCAUAAAAGUAUUCUAUAGUUUUAAAAAUUAUUAUGCAACAUAUACCUAAAAUUGCAUACAUGUUGCAGAUUCAGGGCCAAAUUUAUCAUCAAGCUGGUUCGUUAUUGCCAUACCCCGACGCUGAUUAUCAAUUUUUGCAAAUUUAUUUUAUUGGUGAUGAAAAUCGUGAAUUGGAUCAACGUUCUGCAAUUGCUUUGAAUACAAGAUGAGAAAUUAUUUGUGUGCUACAAAGGUUUUUCCAUCAGCAUAAAGCAUUAGUUCAAUUGUUCAAAAUUGCUCUCGAUCGUAUGCCCUCUGAUCAUCACAAAAUCGUAAUAAGGGCUGAUAGAACACCUUUUGGAGAGCAUGAAAGGCGAUUCAAUGCAUCGACAAUUGAUGAGGUUGUAAUUGUAAUUCGUGGUGAUCAGUUUCAAUCGCGUGAUAUUAUACUUCAUCGUAGAAAUUACCAAUUGCAACGUGUUUUGGAACUUCAUCGUAGUUAUGACGCAUUACAAUACCCAAUAUUGCAUUGGAAAGGUGACGAUGGCUAUAAUAUAAAUAUACCAAUGAUUGAUCCACGAACAGGUCUACAUGUACAAAAAAAGUUAGUGCCAUGAAUUUUUAUUCUUAUCGAUUGAUGGUUCGUCCACAAGAACAAAACUAUAUCUUGAGAUGUCGUAAACUAUAUCAUCAGUACAUCGUUGAUAUGUACGUCAAAAUAGAAACAGAACGUCUUAAUUUUAUUCGUUUCAACCAAGCAAAAUUAAGGUCUGAACAAUAUAUUCAUUUGCAAGAUGCGAUAGCGAAUGAUGCUAAUAUUAAUGACAUCGGACGUUUAACUAUAUUGCCAUCUUCGUAUAUUGGUAGCCCACGGAAUAUGAACGAAUAUGCACAAGACGCAAUGUGUUAUGUAAGAAAAUACGGUCGACCGGAUCUGUUCAUUAAAUUUACAUGUAAUCCGCAGUGGGAUGACAUCAAAAACAAUUUAUUUGCAGGACAGUCGACAACCGAUCGUCAUGACAUUACUGCGCGUGUUUUUCGGCAAAAAUGUAAAGCAAUUAUGGAUUUAAUUGAGAAAUUAUAUGUAUUUGGGGAGGUGCGUUGCCAUAUGUACUCCAUUGAAUGGCAGAAAAGGGGAUUGGCGCACGCACAUAUACUAAUUUGGCUGGUACAUAAAGUAACUCCGGAUCAAAUCGAUAACCUUAUAUCAGCUGAAAUUCCUAAUCACACUGCUGAUCCUGAGUUAUUUCAAGUUGUCGUUAAAAACAUGAUACAUGGACCGUGCGGUGAACUAAAUAUGAAUUCACCAUGUAUGAUUGAUGAAAAGUGUUCGAAACGAUACCCAAGGCAAUUUACUUCAGACACAAUAACGGGCAAUGACGGAUAUCCGUUGUAUCGACGUAGAUCACCUAAUGAUAAUGGCAAAACGGCAACCAUUAGAAUGCAUAACCAGGAAGUUGAAGUUGAUAAUCGUUGGGUGGUUCCGUAUUGUCCAUUAUUAUCGAAAAUAUUCAACGCUCAUAUAAAUGUGGAAUAUUGUAAUUCUGUCAAAUCCAUUAAAUAUAUUUGCAAGUAUGUAAAUAAAGGGAGCGAUAUGGCUAUUUUCGGUGUUGCUGAUGAGAAUAGAUAUGAUGAAAUUACUCAGUAUCAAAUGAGUCGCUAUAUUAGUAGCAAUGAAGCUGUCUGGAGGAUUAUGUCGUUUCCAAUGCACGAAAGAUAUCCUGCGGUUGUUCACGUGGCUGUACAUCUUGAGAAUGACCAACGUGUUUAUUUUAAUGUAGCAAAUUUAUUGGAAAUAGCAGCGCAACCACCAGCAACUACGUUAACAGCUUUUUUUAAAUUAUGCGAAACUGAUACAUUUGCGAUAACUUUGUUAUAUUCUGAAGUGCCUCAGUAUUACACAUGGAAUGUGUCUCCGAAAAAAUUUCAAAGACGUAAACAAGGAACAGCAGUUCAUGCGCAUCCUGGCAUUUUCCAAACAGAUGCAAUUGGCAGAAUAUAUACAGUACAUCCAAACAAUGUUGAGUGUUUUUAUUUGAGAUUGUUAUUAGUUAACGUGAAUGGCCCAAAAUCAUUUCAAGAAUUUAGAACAGUCAACGGUCAUUUGUGUGAAACAUACCGUGAAUCAUGCCAACUUUUGCAUUUGUUGAAGGAUGACGCUCAUUGCGAUUCAACAAUUCAUGAUGCAUCUAUUUGGGCUCAUCCUCAACAAAUACGAAUGCUAAGAUAUUUUAAUUCGUAUGCGUCAUCAUGCAAGAAAUCCUGA